AACACAUACACAUACACACACACAGCGCACACACAAUAUACAAAACUGGAAGGUGAUUUCUGCCAACAGACACAGUUCAUUUUCAUAACCUUAACUUCCACCAAAAACUGGCACACAUUCGCACACACACACACACACACGCAUAUGCGCACAUGUAUCCAAGCAGAAGCGGAUACUCACACACAUUCUUUUCUCAGACAUAGAGGUGCUCGCUGUCACAUUGUGAAAACGUAACUACUGCUUGAUGGAGAUAAUGUGAUGUAAAGUAGAGGACACCUACACAUCAUUUAAUGCCUUUUUUCACACACACAGCACUCGGCAGCCAGUUCAGAACCAAAAGAUGGCUUCCACGAUAAACCAAAGCCAGCUCUCCACAGCCAUGAGCUCCAUGAUGACCACAAACUCAAAGCCACCGUAUGAUAACAACGAUGAGGAGUACCACCUAGUCCUGCUGGCCAUCCACUCUGUGGUUCUGCUCAGUGGUACCAUCAGCAUGAGCCUGAUGGUGCACAUCAUGAAGUCCAGCAGAACGUCCAUCACCUCCAUCGCUGUACUCAACCUCAUCUUCUCCCACUUCAUCUUCCUUCUCACCGUGCCCUUCAGGAUUUACUAUUACGCAACUCAAAACUGGAGCCUAGGCAUAGGGUGGUGUAAAGUAGUCAGCGGCAUGAUCCACAUCCACAUGUACAUGUCUUUUAUCUUCUAUGUGAUCAUCCUCAUCACGCGCCUGAUGACGUUCUACCACAAAGCUAAGCAGGUGGCCUCCUUCCAGAGGAUUCAUGCACUCCUUGUAAGCGCUGUGGUGUGGAUAGUGGUGCUUGUCACAGUCCCUUGCAUAAUUCACUUUUCCUACGGCAAAGAGGUAAACACCAAUGCAACAUAUUGCUUCCAGUUUGGCAAAAACAUACAGUCUACUGCCAAGGUUUUCAACUACAUCAUAAGCACAGUCAUCAUAAUGGUGGCCACCGUGCUGACAGCCCUCCAAGCCAAUGUCCUAAGGGUUUUAUACAGGAAGCAUCGCCAGGGAUGUACCUCUCAGCAGGACUUCGGGGCUCAGCUGAAGAGUAUGUGCUUUGCCCUCAUCAUGGUGGUCUGCUUCAUUCCCUACCAUUUGUUCCGACUGUAUUACUUAGAACACAUUGAACUGCAGAAUAUCAAUGAGGUGUUUCUAAGUCUGACCACUUUUAGCUGUUUGGAUAUGUUAACCUUCUUGGGGAGGAGAACCUGCAGCAUGUGCUUUUUAGGAAAGGCUAUUUGAAAAACCGUUGGUAAGAUGUGUGUGAGGGUGGUCAAUAGACUUUAUUUUGUAACUUAGUUUUACUUUACUGUUCUUCAUUGCCUUGUCAAAGUUUUUAAUAAGAAAAUUGCUUAUGUGCAUCUCCAUAAAAGCAGACAAUAGGCUAUAACAUCUAUUCAAAAGUACAUAAGAACAAUCAUUAAAUCAGACUAAGGGAACUUUAAAGCACACCCUCUCCACUAACUAAAAAAAAUGUAUGGUGGGUGUUGGGUGAGACAACAGCUCCCAUUUAAGUUCUGUCAGAUGUACCAUGCUUUGCUUUACCACUGUUGAAGCGAAACAUAGAGAGAGAGAGAGGUAUGAUAUGUAACAAAGGUCUGCAGCUGGAAUUGAACCUUGGAUGUUAAGGUUAUGUGGUAUAUGUCUUAAUGGGGCACCACUUAAACUGUUUCUACUGAUCAAAAUAUUGAAAGAAUUUGACAUGACAGGAAACCGACCUUUGCUUUUCACUCAAAAUGAAUGUAUUCUUGCCAUCUGCUGGUCUUUGUAUAUACUACACAGGCAUCAAGCUCUAAAUUUGUAAUAAAAGAUUAUGCCAUUGGUCUUUAGGUUCCCUCUUUUUUCAUCCAAAAUGUGACUUAAUGUGAAAGAUGUGAUUGGAAAUGAAAAAUAAAUAAAAAUAAAUAAAUUUCACUGUAUUUGUUAACACUUAACUCCUGUGUACUGUACAUAGCUGAAGUGUUCAGCUCCACAGCUGAGAUGACAAAUAAAUGUCUAAAAUUGUUA